CAGCUGUCUGUCAAUGCAAACAGAUUUUCAUUGUUAAAAACUAAUGAUGAUAUACAUAUUGGUUGUAGCAGCUUUGUUGGCCCAUGCUCAAGCAUCUAUUCCCAAAGUUGAGAACUCUAGUGGUAACAUCGAUAUUUACCCAUAUGUAAUCCAGUCUUUGCGAGAACUGAAACUGAGACAAUUGGAAAACAAAGGUGUGAAAGGUCCACAGGACAUCCAGCAUGCAUCCAGUGUAUGUUACGACGAACUGGGCUGUUUCGACAAAGAUGGCACCUUCAAACACUUGAAGCAGCUACCGGAACCUCCAGAAACUGUGAACACUCAGUUUCUGCUGUACACCAAGAAGAAUCCUCACAUGCCUCAAAUCAUGGAUUACACAAAGCCAGAAACAGUGAAGAGUAGUAAUAUUAAUCCAAAAGCGCCAAUUAAGUUCCUUACACACGGCUUUGGAGGAAAAAAUAAUUUGACGUGGAUUUGGCAAAUGAAAACGGCCCUCCUGGAAAAGGAAGACUUAAAUGUGGUCAUUAUCGAUUGGAGUCUGGGAGCCCGAAUUCCGUACUACAUAGCUGCAGCCGUGAAUACGGAAUUGGUUGGUGCUCAAGCAGCCGUGCUCUACUACAUCAUCAAGGACAAUUUCGGGAUUCAAGAAAAGGAUCUGCACGUCAUCGGCUUCAGCUUGGGAGCUCAGGUCGUCGGGUUCAUCGGGAAACGAAUGAAAGAGAUGAGAGGCACGAGACCUGGAAGAGCAACAGGUCUGGAUCCUGCAAGCCCUCUGUUUGAAGAUUACGGGGAAGAAGUACACUUGUCAAAGGAGGAUGCAGAUUUUGUAGACGUCAUCCACACCAACGCCGAUCUUUUGCUGUACGGUGGCGUGGGAAUGGGAAAAGCAGUUGGCCAUGUGGACUACUACCCCAAUGGUGGCAAGAGGCAACCAGGAUGCGGCAGCACUAUUGGUGGAGCAUUCAUCGACAUUUUUAAGGGAGACAACAACAAGGUCUGCAAUCACGAACGGUCAGUGCAUCUCUUCACGGCCAGCAUCCGUGGUGAGACGAACUGCCAAUUCACGAGCUACAAGUGCGACGAUUACGAGGCCUUCCAGAAAGCCAAGUGCCUCAGCUGCCCGAGGAAGAGCUGCGGAACCAUGGGCUACGAAGCAGAAGGGACUGGAACUAACUAUCUGAUGACAAAGGCAGAACCACCCUACUGCACUGAUAUCACGAAGCUAGGUGUUCAUUUUUCUAAGGACAUUAAGAAAUCUUAUGGAGCCAUAGUUUUGACUUUAACUGGACCUGAUGGUGCGAAAGAAAACAUCACAAUAACUGAAAAAGAUGACAAAUUAACUCCAGGAGACGAAAAGGUUUUUGUUAUAACUCUUGAAGAGAAGUUGACACCCAUAAAAGAAGUAACGGCCUUAUACAUGAAAUAUAACGGAUGGCUGGCAAAAGGGACAGAUACAUUUAGCCUUCAACACGUCUCAUUUCUUAACAACCGAGGAAAAUACCUCUUCAAAACCUGCCCUGAAGUGAAUGUGGUCUUAAAUGACAACGAAUUUAAGACUUUGAAAUCCUGUUAGUGACUGCAUUUAUUUCCAGUGAAUAAGCUGGAAAUUUCUGGAAGCUAUUUGUUUUCCAAGUUUUCCUUUCUAUUGUUUUGCGAAAUGUAUCUAUGUAAAUGAAAACAAUGUGAUAUCCUUACAAAUAAAAUGCUUGUUUUUUUUAAA